UCAAACUUGUGUGCCCUAAUUGUUCAAAAUCUACUUUACCAAUCUCUCUCUCUCUCUCUCUCUCUCUCUCUGCUCCAAAUCGCUCUCUCAUGGCGAUUCGGAAAAUCACAGACUAUGAGCGCAAGAGGCUCGAGAACAUUCGUCGAAACGAGGGAUUGAUGGCUUCCCUGAAGCUCCAAUCCAUGGCCACCCAACUUUCUGCCUCAACCAAACGCCCCAGGGUUGACACCAAACCGUAUUCGGAGAAGCAACGCAAGACACGGGACCCAACUGUUAUCAGGCGUUCUCUACGCACCAGAGGAUUACCGCCCAAAGGACUAGGUGGUGAUGACCCUAAGGCAUUGUGUCGCAAAUUGGGUCCUCUUAGUAUGAGAGAUGUGUAUAGCGGAGUAUCAGAUAGAGCUCUGAUUGAGGCCAUUAUGGGUGUUGAGAAGAAGCCCCAAUUGGGUUUGGAAGUUAAAGGUGAAUUUGGGGGUUGCAAGGAGGAGAGAUCAAGUGGUGCAUUUACCUUAGUUGGUGGGGUUAGUUGUGAUUUGAGUAAGAAAUUAGGAGGAGCUGAGAGUGAUUUGAAGGUGGAAUCUUUGACUCUGAAUGAGGAGAAUGUAGCCCGGGUUGUGCCGGGGAAUGUCAUGAAUGUGAGGUUUUUUCCAAGUACUAGUUUGAGAAUGGUUGUGGUUGGGGAUAUGGCUGGGAAUGUUGGAUUUUGGAAUGUUGAUUCUAAGGAAGGGGAGGAAGGUGGGAUCUGUAUGUAUCGUCCACAUUCUGGUCCCAUUUCGGGGAUUUCUAUUCACCAAGAUUGCAUGUCAAAGAUCUUUACUAGUUGCUGUGAUGGAUUUAUCCGAUUGAUGGAUGCUGAGAAAGAGGUGUUUGAUCUAGUAUAUUCAACUGGUAAGACUAUAUAUUCUCUCGGUCAACAGUCAAACAAUGCAAAGUGUUUAUACUUCGCUGAGGGUCGUGGAGGUGUAAGUAUGUGGGACGAGAGAACAGGAAACAUCUCAGCCCAGUGGAGUCCGCAUGAUGAUAGAAUCAAUUCCAUAGAUUUUAACUCAGAGAACUCAAACAUCAUCACCACUAGUUCAACAGAUGGAACUGCCUGCAUUUGGGAUUUGAGAUGUGUUGAUGCAGAUAAAUUCAAAAGUUUGAAAACAAUUGGCCACAAAAGGGCUGUGUAUUCUGCCUACUUCUCGCCUUCUGGAAGGUCGCUAGUGACGACAAGCCUUGAUGGCACAGUUGGUAUAUCAAGUGGAGUUAAUUUUGAGGACAUAUCAAUGAUAUCCCAAGAUAAUAAAGGCGGAUGGAUUCCUAAGUUCAACGCAAUAUGGGGCUGGGAUGAUGCAUAUGUCUUCAUCGGAAAUAAGAAGAGAGGAAUCGAUGUUAUCUCCCACUUUCAAAGGAGAGCGGUUUUCACUUUAAAGAGCCCAUAUAUGUCUGCAGUUCCGUAUAGAUUGGCUGCUCACCCUUAUAAUGUUGGGAUGCUAGCAGGAGCAACAGGUAGAGGCCUAGUUAAUGUAUGGACAUUGGGAUAAGAAACUCAGCAUCUCUCAACGGAUUCUUAUGAAUUAGGGCAAGCAUGAUCAGCUUUGUACCUUUU